AUUUCUUUCGUGGGAACAAUGUGUGAAACCUAUUUCUUGUGUCUCCUGCCGUGAUAUUAAUGGAAUAUUGCUAAAAGCGACGUAAAAACAUAUUCAAUCCCUCACUCACAAAUACGACAUGACAGACAAUAGAACUGUGUUAUCAAGGAUGUGUAUGUGACCCGUAUAGUACAAACACAAACGUGAUGUUGUAUGCCAAUCUUUUUUCAGAGUGCCCUGCCCGUUCGAUCCGUGUCUACCAUGUGUAAACUGCUCACUGACAAAGCAGCAGGGACGCCGCUAGAACGAUUUGCAACCUAUGCUGGGAUCGUCAAUCAAAAUUAUACAUCCCUUAACGGUCAAUGUAUGAACAUUACAUUCGAGAGAGCAGUGAGCUUGGGCAGCGAUAUAAACUACAGCGACAAAAACGUAUUGUCAGGACGUCAGUGGAGGUACCAGAAGUGCACUCAGACUGGUUUGUUUACUCCAACAUAUGCAAACAAUCAACCCUUCGGACAAGCCGUGAGUGAAGAAUACUUUCUCAAAGGCUGUGAAGGCUACUUCGGUCAUGAAUUCAACCGGUCUCUGAUUCUGAAAGGCCACGAGGACUUAAUUACCAACUACGCAGGGCUUGACGUAAAGAACACCAACAUCGUCUACAGCCAAGGAUCCUUUGACCCAUUUUAUAAGUAUGGAUUUAGGACAGACCCGAACCCGGGGGCCCAUGUUGUUGUCAUCAACGGUGCUGGCCACAUCCCAAUCAUGGCAACUCCUGCUGCCACGGACACCGCUGCUCUCACUCAAGCCAGAGCCAGGAUCCGACAACUCAUCGGACAGUGGAUAUCGGUUGGGCCAGUCAAGAUAAUCGGAUGA